AUGGUAGACAAAAUUUUACAUAAAUGCUGUGGUGUACCAUUGGCUAUAAUCACGAUAGGUAGUGUACUUAUUGGUAAACUAGUAGACAUGGAGGAAUGGUCUAAGUUAUACAGCUCGAUUGGUUUCGGGAAUGAAGAAAACAAUGUUGUUGAGAACACAAGAAAGAUAUUGUUAUUUAGCUACUAUGACCUACCAUUACACCUAAGGACUUGCUUAUUGUAUUUGAGCCAGUAUCGAGAAGAUGUCUUGAUUGAGAAAGACAGUUUGCUAUGGAGAUGGGUUGCCGAAGGUUUUGUGUAUGAAGAACAAGGGAUAGGAUUAUAUGAUAUUGCCGAGAGAUACUUCAACGAUCUGAUAAACAGAAGUAUGAUACAACCGAUAGGCUUUUCGCAUGAUGGCAUCAUAAGUCAUUGCCGUGUCCAUGAUAUGGUCCUCGAUAUGACACGCCUGCUAGCGAAGGAAGAAAAUUUUAUCACUCUGUUGGAUGGUAACGAGCAAAACACAUAUCCAAUAUGUAGCAAUGCUCAUAGGCUAGCCAUUCGAGACAAGAAAGGUCUGAUUGACACAUGCAUGACACAUUUAAGGUCAUUUAAUGCAAUUCGCUGUGAUAAAUUUUGGCCGUCUCUUUCAUCAUUUCAAGCUUUACGUGUUUUAGUUUUGGACGCUGGUAAUUGUAAUAUGGACAACACAAAUCAUCUUGAACAUCUUGGGAAGUUAAUUCACUUGAGGUACCUUGGACUAAGGGGGGUGGAUACCCUUGAGCUCCCAAAGGAAAUAGGGAAUUUAAAAAAAUUACAGGCACUAGACUUGAGGGGUCAUAGAAUACAGGAACUACCACACGGUGUUGGUCAACUAAGUCACCUCAAGCUUUUGCGCGCUGACACGACACAAACAAGAAUACCAGACUGGAUUGGGAACCUGACAUCUCUGGAAGAGCUGUGGAUGAGCGAGGCCGACGAGUCUUCAAACUUUGUUAAGGAGCUCGGCAAGCUGAUGGAGUUGAGGAAGUUAUGCAUCACUAAAAAAUUAUGUUUGACCAGCACGAGUGCGGUAGAAGCUUGGGCGAAGUCCGUAACCAAACUGCUGAAAAUCCAAUUCAUACGGAUUGGUUGGGUUGAAUUAAAUGGAUAUGAUGACAGCACCUACUGUUGGGAAGGCUUCAUCCCCCCUCGACAGCUGCGCGCCCUACACAUAUCAUGCAAACCACUAGGGCUAAUUGCAAGGAUUAAUCCCAUGCUUCUUCCAAAUCUUUCCCAUUUAUCAGUUCAUGUGGAUAGUCCUGAUCUGGAGACCUUUGGAAGGUUUCUAGAGCUUGUCACUCUCCGGCUGGACAUGGAUGGCAUUCAACACCAUGAUGUGAUGGGCCGUCAAGGUGCAUUCCCCAAGUUGAGGGUUUUCAAGACGCAAGCAACGCCCGGCCUGUUUCUUGAGGGAUCUAUGCCCAGCCUUGAAUCCCUCCACUUUAGGGUCGAAGCGCGAACCUCCGAGGAUGGCAAGGUUGAUCACUUUGACUUCCAUAGCUUGCGAAACCUUCCUUUGCUUCAGGAAGUCACAGUUGAUAUAUGGCUUGCCCCUGGUGUGGACCUCAACAAGGCCAUGCAAAUGGUAAAGCGCGCAAUCGAGAUCCUUCCUAAUCCUCCCAUACUUCAUAUGAAAAUAACUAAAUCAGCUUGGCUUGAUGAAUUAUUUCCAUGUUGA